UCACGCGCACUGAGACACUCAACUCUACCAAUACAUACCGCUCGACUCCAUUUCAUCUUUCUUUAACGAGCUGACAACCAUGGCUUCUCUAGGACUCCCCCUCCUCCUACUCUGCGCCGCUUCUCAGGCUAUUCUCAUGUUCUCGAUCUCAACUGCAGCAUACCCCUCCAACCCUGGCGCCGAUACCGCCGAGUGCUUUCUCUCUGACAAACACGAGGAGCUCAUCCCCGUUCGCCGAGAAGUCUACGACGGAGGCCGAAUCAUGGAUAUCAGCCACAGAUACACUCCAGAUUUGCCGUCUUGGGACUCUAUGGGCAGCCUCGGCCAGUUUCUCUGGCUCCGGGGGAGCAUGAAGAACGGCUCGCUCGCCAACUUCUCGGAAAUGAAGCUGCCCACUCACACCGGCACGCACGUCGACUCUCCCGGUCACUUCUUCGAUCACUACUUGGACGCUGGCUUCGAUGUCGACACGCUUGACCUGGAAGUUCUUAAUGGUCUGGCCUUGUUGAUUGACGUUCCAAGGGACAAGAACAUAACUGCUGAAGUCAUGAAGGAUUUAAAUAUUCCGAAGGGCACACGUCGUGUCCUUUUUAGGACACUAAAUACAGAUAGGCGGCUGAUGUUUAAAAAGGAUUAUGACACAAGUUAUGUAGGAUUUAUGAAGGACGGGGCAAAAUGGUUGGUUGAGAACACCGACAUCAAACUUGUUGGAAUCGAUUACUUAUCAGCUGCUGCUCACGAAGAUUUGAUUGCAGCUCAUCUUGUCUUUUUGGAAGGCAGGGAUAUCAUACUCGUAGAAGGCCUAAAGCUCGAUGACAUCCAACCAGGAAUAUAUUCGGUCCGUUGUUUACCCCUCAGGUUGCUUGGUGCAGAGGGAUCGCCGAUAAGAUGCAUUCUCAUCAAAUAAUAAUUUCGAUUGAAACAGUGUCAGCCACGGAGGUGUCGAGCAAUAAGAAUUGUAGAGAGGGUUUCUUGUGCCUCAAUAGAGCAGGAGGGAUAUACACCAAAGGACUUCGAGAUGCAUUAUGUGAAUAUUUCGUAAUAUAUAUAUAUAUAUAUUUAUAUAUAUAUAUAUAUGCGCGCGCGCGCAUAGGUUCAGGUUGUAUUAUAUGGGCGACAUAAUAAACAUGUCGUUUGACUCUGGCUUCAGAAGUUGCUGAGCAUUGGGUCCUCUGGAGAUAUCAAAUGUCAGUAAACUUUGAGCUUUAUUAUAAACAACGGGGCAGGCUUCGACAUUGA